AUGGACGACUUCUUGCACGUGCCAAAGUCUGCCAAUUACAGCACGCCGCAUUUCGAAAAGUUCGAGUUCAAAGCCUUUGCCCUCAUCUUCUCCAGCUUCCAAAACAUCCUCUUCCUAGACUCGGACGCUUUUCCCAUUCGAAAACCCGAUUAUCUCUUCGACGUGGAACCUUACAAGAGCCAUGGUCUGGUAACAUGGCCCGACUUUUGGCUACCUACGAUAUCUCCUCUCUUUUAUGAGAUUGCAGAGGCACAGAUGCCCAACAGGACCAUCAAGUCACGAGCUUCCGAGUCUGGAAUUAUGCUGUACGAUAAGGCGCGACAUGCCGAUAGCCUCUUGCUAGCAGCCUACUACAACUUCUACGGAAAGUACUACUAUCAGCUUCACUCACAAGGCGCCUGGGGAUCGGGCGACAAGGAGACGUUCACUCAGGGUGCCGUGGUACUUGGGAAUCCUUUCUGGCAGGUCAAGCAAAACGCCGUCAUGCUCACCCCAGGAGAAAUCCAUUAUGGAAGCGGGAUAUGGCAGGCUGAUCCCGAGAUCGACUGGAAGAGCAACCAGAAGAAACCCACAAAACGGGAAAUACCCAUCACAACAACCAUGUUCGCCCACCUAAACAGAGUCAAGUUUGACACGAGAAGACUCAACAGCUUACUGGACGAGAUAACAUCCGAAACAAAAGAGGGAGAGAAGGAAGAGUGGUCGAGAAUAUGGGGCCCAGACUACAAUUCGGUAGUGAAAAAGGCGGGCUAUGACCUAGAAAAGGUCAUUUGGGAGGAGGCUAUCAAGGCCACUUGUGAGCACUCUUUAUUGGAUGAGUGUGAGAGGAUUCGGAACUAUUACGAUACGGUGUUUGGGCAAGAGGCCUGA